CAGCAUUAAUGAGUUCCUCUUUUCCUCUGUUCUUCACUUUCAUAAAAUUGCAAACUUUAUCCUCUGUUUGAUGAGUCUCUGAUCUGUGUUUAUUGAAUCACGCUUAAUUUAGGACCUUUUACCUGAAGUAAGAUCUGUACAUUUGAUUUUUUUUUUCUUUGGUCCCUCCCCUAGAAUUGAGCUCGAUGGAGAACAAUCUGUUCAUGAAUGGAGGAAUUUCGUAUCCGUCGGAGAUGACGUCACUGUCUUCUUCUUCUUCGGCGAUGCUUAAUUGGGCUUCAAUGGCGACUCAGCCAGUGGAGCCGAGUCUCAGUAGCAUUCUUUCGCGGGAUUGCUUUUUCUGGGAAAAGUCAACGGAGCAGAGCAUCUUCGACUCGGCUCUGAGCUCACUCGUCUCUUCGCCAACGCCGUCAAAUUCCAACUUUUCCGGCGGAGGCGGAGGCAAUUUCGUCAUUAGCGAGCUCAUCGGCAAAUUGGGUAACAUCGGCGAGAUCUACGGAACGCCGGCGGGCAACGGAAAUAACUCCGGCUCGUGUUACGCAGCUCCAAUGAGCUCUCCACCGCCGAGAACGAGAACGCCGACACCAUUGGCGGUAUUUCCCGGUGAUCCGGGAUUCGCAGAGAGAGCGGCGAAGUUCUCGUGUUUCGGCAGCCGGAGUUUUAACGGCAGGACCAACUCGCCCUUUCCGAUUCAUAACGGAACCGUGGCUGCAACCAACGGGAAUCUGCCACGUGUCGCGAGCACCCCAGCUCUCAAGCCACUCACGUCGAAGAUUCCCGCCGGCGAAUCGUCCGGUGAGUUUUCCCGGAAAAGAAAAGCAAAAUCCAAGGAGAAUACUCCUUCCACAGCUUCACCAUCUUCCAAUUUAUCCAAGGAGGUUAAAGAGAGGGACGAUUCGGAUACGAAGAGAAGUAGAAAAUCAGAAGAAAAAAAUGAAGAGAAAACGAAAUCACUUGAUCCUUAUAAAGAUUUCAUCCAUGUCAGAGCUCGACGAGGCCAAGCCACCGAUAGUCACAGUCUCGCCGAACGAGUUCGAAGGGAGAAGAUAAGCGAAAGAAUGAAGCUGCUUCAAGAUCUUGUCCCUGGAUGCAACAAGGUUACUGGGAAAGCACUGAUGUUGGAUGAAAUUAUAAACUAUGUCCAAUCAUUACAACGACAAGUUGAGUUCUUGUCAAUGAAGUUAUCGUCAGUGAACACCAGGCUGGACUUUAACAUGGAAGCUCUCGUGUCGAAGGAUAUAUUUCCGUCAAGCAACAUUCUAAUGCAGCAUCACCAGCAAGUACUUCAAUUAGAUUCUUCAUCAGAAACCUUAUUGGCUGAUCAUCAUAAUCAAACUUUACAAUUGAGCCCUACAAUAUCUUCCAAUAACAUAAUCGACCCUUUGGGGGCUUCUGAAACUAGAAGCUUCAUCUCUCAAUUACCAACAGUUACCCAUUUCACUGAAUCUAUUUCUCAGUAUUCAACAUUCUCUGAAGAUGAUUUACAUAGCGUUAUUCAUAAGGGUUUUGCGCAAAAACCAGAUCCGUGAAUCCAACCAAGUUCAUUCACAUAAUUUUCAAGGUCCAUCAAACCAAGUACCAUCACACAUGAAAGCUGAACUUUGAUCAACCAUAUAUUAUUUGCAUUUUUACAAAAAUAUUGGAGCUUCAAUUAAAGGUCUCAAGGAUAGAAAAUAAGAAAAGGAUUGAUGGGUGUACAUAACAAGAAGCUUGAUUUGGACCACACCAUUUGCAAAUUUCGUUUCUAUAAUCAUCUUCAUAUACAUGUCAAAUAACAGUUUCUUUUUACUAUUUUUUUUGUUGUGCCCUUGUUUUAGUUCUAUGUUCCGAUUCAUUUGUGGGCGAUUAAUUGUAUUGUCUUCCGGUAUUAUUAUCGGCUUCUUUAUGCUUUUUUCUAGUUUGGAUUCCAUAUCAUUGUAAGUUUUAACCCCAAUAUAGAAUACCACAGCUAUAAUUUGAUAUAUA